UCCCGCGCACCGUAAAAUGCCGAGAAAUGUUUAUAAUAUUUAAUUAACACGUUUGCAUUAUAUUCUUGUAUUUAAACAAACUGGUCGUAGGUAGUAUAUUAUAGAGUAAACAAUGAGUGACCAAAUUACAAGUAAUUUAGAAACUGUAUUAAAUAAUUUGGAUGAAAAAUUGUACAUAAACAACCAAAUCAGUAUAUCAGAAUACAAAACUCAGUAUAAACUUCUGAGGGAUAGUUUUUGCACUAGUGGAUACUUUAAUGAUGAAGGUGGCAAGAAACUGCUGAGUUUAUUAAUUGAAAAUAAUAUACAUAGUAUUCACAAGGACCUUAUUGCUAUCUUGGAUGGAAACAUUGAUAAGAGACUCGAAAGGGAUGUUUUAUGUGGUAUAAAAAAGUAUCUAAUUAAAUUAAUAACAUCGAACAACUUCACUGGGAUUUCUGCAUUAUAUGAGUUGUGGAAACAACAUGAUCUAGAAAAGUUUAAAACAAUUUUAUCAAGUUUAAAAAAUGAGGAUGAAUGUGUGUCUAACAAUUGUACAGAAUUUUUAAUUGAAGAUUUCUUACCUCAUCUAAUCUAUUGUCAGCAUAACGAAUUAAGGCAGUCUCUUGUUCAAUUUGCCUUACUGUUUAUUGAACUUUUUCCAAUAUCUUGUUUGAAGCCCGAAGGAUACAAAUCGUUUUUAUCCAAAUUACCAAGUUUUUUUUCGACUGUAGUAGAACUGCAGGAAAAAGGUGAAGAAGUAUGGAGAGAUAUAUUUCAUUUUUUGUUAAAAUAUUUAGACCAUAAAUUUACAAAUUCCGAAGUCCAAGAAAUUUUUCAUAAUUCUCCAUUAAACUGGAACAUACUUCGAAAAGAACUAGAUGAUAAUUUAACAUCUGAAUGCUUAAAACAUAUAUCUGAAUGUAAUAUCGAUGAAUUAACCAGGGUAUAUGCUGAUUGGAAGAAUUUAGAUCCACAAAAGUUUUCAGAUGCGCUAAAGAUUUUAUGUAAUGAUCCUAUAACAAAUGCACAGACUAAAAUUUUUCUGUUUGAAAAACUAAUUCCUAUUAUGAUGGAUACCACAAAUGUUAAUGAUGCCUUGAAAAUACAUCAUAUUGAUCUUGGGCUCGAGUUUGCAUUGGCUUUUCAAAUUACACAAUUGAAUAAUGAAGAAUUCGGAAAUUUUUUGAAGAAAGUAAAUGACUACAUCAAAAAUAUAUCAGAUUUAAGAGACAGUCAGUUCAGUCACUGGGAAAAACUCUGGAUGUUUCUGGUGAGAUUGUUUGGGAAAAAACUACAUCAUUCUAUGAGUUUAAUUAAUAAACUACUAAGAGUCGUGGAACAUGCUUUUAGAAAUUCCACCUUUGAACAAAGACUAAAAGGGUAUGACUGCUGGAAAGAACUUAUAGAUAACGGAAGUUUAGAUGCUGUCUACCUAAGUAGCGACAAACAAAUACGAUUGUUACUAACGCCUCUGCGUGCCAAAUUCUCUAAACAGGAAGCUGUCAUAAUUAAAAGAUUCGAUGUGUUUAUUUAUCUCAUACAGAAACUGCAAGACAAAGGCAUACUAGUACUGAAGGAGUUUCUCGAAUUUUGUUUCGGGGAUGUCAGUGAAGAUACUGACCCGCACAAAUCUGGUCAAGGAAGAAGUUUUUCGGGAUUAUGGUUGAGGAGUGCCAAAGCCUUCCUAGCGAUCCUUGGCCAUUCACACGAGAAUUACGAACAUUGUCUAGAAACUGAAGACGAACUUAGAUUAAAGGCUCCUAUUGUCACCUCUACUAAUAUCCAUACUCACUGCUCUACUAUAGUUAAUUCAGUGGUUGAAUGUUGUAUACUUUUGAAAGAUGUAGAAUUAGACCAGCACCGACAAACAGUAUUAAAGUGUUUUUGGAAAUCACUACUUAAUAUAAUUUCCCAAACUAAGGGUGAAAACCAGAAAAAAAUUGUUGAUGCAUUAUAUAAAUCCUUGGAGAAAUUAUUAAAGGGAAAUGAUCCAUACUGCAACAGUAUUGCUGCAAUUAUUUUUAAGUGUACCAUUGAUCUCAAUCAAGAUGAUGCAUUUCCAAUCAUUUUAUCCAAUCUAAGUCACUUUUUAAAUAUAAUAUUUAGUGUUCCUUUAGGCACAGAUGGGUUAUUCAAAGUGGAAAAGUUGAUAGCACUGUUAGAUGCUACAGAAUCCAAAGAGAAUAAAGACAUUAUUUCAAGCUGUGUUUACCAAAGUUUUUCGAAGUUUAAAACUUCAGAGUGUAAUGUUGACUAUGUGGCUCUUGUGUGGAUAAAAUGGGCCAGUAUGUUAGAGGAUAACGAUAAAUUAAAAUUACAGGAUUUUGCUAUAUGGCCAGCCUUACAUAGACAUCAAAUAACGGAUUCUGAGAAAGAAGCCUUACUGCUUAGCAGUUGUAGCAUAGUAUAUAAUUAUGUGGAAAAAAAUCGAGAACUUUAUAUAAACAUAUUAAAGGGUUUCGAAAAAGUUUUAAAGAAUAACCCUCUUCUGUUAGACAACAUUCUUAGUUUAUUUCCUAUACUUCCAGUCAACACAACUGAUGAGGGCAUAACCAACGUCUCGCUAGAUUUGCUCACGUUUAUUAUAAAUACUCCAUUCAGUGAAACUGAUGAUAAAUGCGUUGUUGUAGAAUCCUUCUUGAAAUCUUGCUACAAUAAGAAUUUAAACAAAUUGCAAGAUUAUGACGCAAUAAAAAAAUUAUGCGGAUGUGUAGAGUACGUUCUUAAAUCCAAAAGAUAUGCUAUUCUAGGCGAUUUAAAAAAAGCAUUAAAAAACAUGCCCGAUAACGUCAAAUCGAUUCAUGCAAAACAUGUAUCUGUGGAUUUCUUAGUUAAUUUACUUGAAAGCGAGAAGAAUGUGAAGAAUACAACAAAAAUACAUUCUGUUAUCGAGAUAUUGAGGAAUGUUUCAGACGUUUCGAAGGAUAAAAUGUCGUUUAUACCCCCGGGCGGUAGGUCGGCGAAAAUAGCCGGUUUAGUAAAGGAGAUGUCGUUGAAACAUUUUGGCAAGGACGUCGAAACAAAGUCGCCUGUAAAUGUUAAGGGCAGUUACCUUAAAGAUUCGCCUAGUCCCUCUGUUAUGAAACCGCCAGCGACUGUACCGGAAAAGAAACCAAAAACGACUAUCUCUAUAGACGACGAGAGUAACAGCAAGUUUGUCCUGAUCGAUUCCGAAGUGAAAAUCAAACCUAACGAGAUGACCGAGCACCAGAAAGAAACACUGAAAAAACGUCGUGAAGAUAUACCGGCCUUGUAUCAAGAUUUAUCCCAAAGUUUGACUCAAACCUUCGAUUCUACCUCCGACUGUAGCAAGUCGAAUAACGUAGUAAUAAAGAAAGAGACCAAAGAGGACGAUAGUACUGAGACAAUUUUGAAAGAAGGUACAACUAAUGAUUUUACGAACAAAUUCCCUAUUACAGAAAAACCAGAAGACGUGAAAAAAGAGAAUACGCCGUUGUGUUUGAAAAAUCUAGUGAUGAAUAUUGUUGGUGCGGACGAGUUUAGUUCUCUCCCUGCGAAGAGGAAAAGAAAAGAAAAGGAGUCAAACAAUCAGGAACAAGAUAAAACCACUACCGAGGAAAGUCUUGAAGAAAAACCCGCAGUCGCAGAGUCUACCAAAGAAAUACCUUUAAGUAAGCCUGAAGAACCCGACUUAGCGAAAACACCUCUUGUACAGACUCCAAAUAAAGUAGCGGAAACGCCUAAACGAAGAGGUCGCCCCCCUCGAAGACAGAGUUCAGGCGAGACUUCUUCAGUAGAACGAGAAGAAGGAAAACAUAUCGAAGACGGUCUUGAAGAAGGACUUAAAGAAACUUUUACGCAACCCGAAACAACUGAAGCGAAAGUACCGGCCAAGAGAAAGAGAGGUCGGCCUGCGCAAGCCAAACUGGAAAGUCCUAAAAUCGAGUCUGAUGUGUCUUCUUGUAAUGAGGACGUUGUCAAAGAGGAGGUAAAAGACGAGUUAAAAAUUGUGCUCAACAUGAAUCCGAUAGAGAUCAAAAGAAGUCCGAGGAGGCCUGCCGGUACGCCAAAAUCGAAAACGAAUACGCCCAGUAGCGCUCCUCUUAGAAAGUCGACCAGGAAAAGCAUUCCGACACCUAAACUGACAGAAUUUUAUAAAGAAACUAGUGAACAAAAUCGGCUGGAUUCGGAAACAUCGGACAGUACUUUGGCAAAAGAUAACACCAACUUAGAAACUUCCAAGGAAACUCCGAAAAGUGAUAAAGUUGAUCAGAAGAAAAAACGACCUAGAAAACCUCGUUCGUCACAAUUCGAAAACGAGGUGACAGGAAAUUUAACCAAUAACAAAAAAGGGAAGAAGCGUAAAAGAGAAAGUAGCGAGUCGGACGAUUUAAUUGAAAGUUCCCAGGAUUCCUCUACUAAUAUUACAGUUAGAAAAAAAUCGUUUACCAAAAAUAAGAGCGACAAUUUGCAAAUAACACUGGACAGUUUUAUAUCGCCCGCCAAAAACACCGAUACAAGCAAGUUAGUUUUGAAAGAAGACGGUAUUCCACAAGAGGGCGUAGUAAAUGCAAUCCCAGAAGACCAUGAAGCUGCAAAAGAAACAGUAGUACCCGAUCCGAGCGCUAGCGAAGACCUUUUUAUACAUUUGGAGAAGUCUCAGAAUACAGAGCCCAAAAAAAGACCUCGCCGUAAACGAAAAUCUAGCAAAGCAGCUCGUACGCCUGUCUCAAAAGAAUCUACUACAGAAACGUCGCAUGAGGAACACUUUAAAACCAGUCCCAAAUCCGAAAAAGAAGAGGAAACUGUACCUGUUUUAGAUACAGAGUGUUUUGUUGAAUUAGACAGCAUAUCUAUUCCGAUUCAGUCUCUCCAAAACGACACUAUUAAAAGAACGCAAAGUCAGGAGACUGAAACUCAAGGUACCGAAUCUGUGGGUGUUCUAAGCGAAAACAUCGAACUUCAACUGGAUGUUCCCAAAAAUCCCGACCUGACGGAGAAGGAUAAGGAAAUGGCCGAAAUGGAGACUGCCUCCAUGCCUCUGGACAGUUCCAAUGAUGAAACCAAGGUGGCCAAUGUUACGGCGAUCGAAAGGGUGGUUGAGGAAAACGUCUCAGUGUCUAGACUCGAUAAUACAACGGUUGUUAAUAAUCAAACGGAGGAAACAUUGCAUAAUAGUUCCGUUGUUCACAAUGAUAUGGAUACUAUUCCAGAAACAGAGAUUGUAUGUCACUCAGAAUCAGAGAUUGUAUGUAAUUCUGAACCAGAGACUGUAUGUAAUCCUGAAUCAGAGGCUGUAUGUAAGUUUGAACCGAAGGCUGUAUGUAACUCUGUACCGGAAUCUGUAUGUGACUCUGAACCAGAGGUUAUAUGUAACUCUGAACCAGAGGGUGUUUGUAACUCCGAAGCAGCUGUUACCUCAGAGCAUGAUGAAACUAAUCUGGGAUCUCCCGAUCGAUCGAUAGCAUCAAGCGGCACGAAUAUUCCCUCAUCUCCUGUAACAGGAGACACGCCCAAUCGCAAUUCCGAACUACUCAAUAACACCUUAGAUAUAUCUCCCAUAUCGCAGAAAAAUAGCCCGGAAAACGGUAGCUGCGACGACGGGGAAAUCGAGGAAACGCAACCGAAAAUCGUACCGGUAGCCUUGAAGUUCGAUCACGAAGAUCACGAGAACGAUGGCAAAGAAAAAUCUCCGGAAAAGGGAGACGACGCGCCCGAGAAAAUCGUCCAAACGCACAUGGAAAAUCAGGAUGCGAUUAAAGCGGACCAGCCGACAACUAGCAGGGACAAUAUAGCCGAGAGAUCUAAUAAAUUUUUAACUGCUCUGAACGGGUCGUCCAGGUUAAUUGCUAAAAGAAAAAUGUUAAAAACUAUGUCACCGUCGGCAUCGCGAAUUAAGAAGCUUAUGUCCAAUGUUAUGGCGAACUCGUUCGAAGAAGUUACCACGAAUGUAAGUCAAGACGACAUUUUAACGUUUACCCGAGAAGUUCCCAGUCCGUUAGCAGUACCCAGGAGCAGCAUUUUAAAAAGGAAGCAUUCAGAUACGGCAGAUGAUGGUCUAUCACCUUGUCCUAAGCGCAAAAGGGUCAACUUUAGCGAUCCUUGUACCACCGAAAAGAAGAUCUUCAUUAAAGACGACAACUCGCAUUGCCUAUUUACAUCCACAGAAGACGACGAAGAAGAUAUUGACAGGCAAUUUUUGGCAGUUUUAACAGCCGGUAGCGUUGAAUCGCUCGAGAUCGAAACCGAAUCUAUCCACACAGAAGAAAGUCUUCAGAUUAACAAUCCGCUCAUAUUGUGCGACGAUCGACCGAUUUUUGCCGAUUUGAUUAACUGCGACGCUGACAUCAACGUCAUUGCGCGCAAACUCACCGGACCCAUGUUUUUGAAGGCUCUGUUGAAUAAAUUGAGAAACAAAGGUAUCAACACUAUAGGCGACUUGGCGAGGAAAAGCGAAAUUGAAAUUUCCAAGAUGCCUUUUAAAUCGCCUGGCGUGUCUAACGUAUACAAGGUUUUGGAAAGGUACCACGCUAAGCACUGUAAGGAGAACGCUAAGGUGGAACAGUUGAAUGUAUCAGUUGUUCCAGUUGAAAAUGAAGUAACGACGGUGGUUGAUACCGCACAAAAUGAUUUGGUUAAAGCUGUCGAGAGGGUAAAAUGUGAG